AAUCAUAUUUAAAAAUGUUAGAAGCAAUAAGUUAUAAUAAUAUAAUUAUUAUAUAAUAACAAACUUUACCUAUAGUGUUUUAAUAGUGAUUUUUUAUUUUAUUUAAUCAGAAUGUAUGUUUUUAAAUUGACUCAUAUUAAUUAAAAACGAAUAGUUUAAAAUAAUAUACACUGUAAAGUGUACCCAUAACAAAAAAAAAUACUAUGCUUAAUGUUGAAAAUGAGCAACCAAUCAGCCAAUACUAUAGUCAAUAAGUUGCUGAGACUAACGGAUCAAGCUAUAGAGAGAUUGGAGUAUGGACCUGCAUUUGUCCAUCUCUCGGUUUUAUUAGAAAUAGCACCGCAUCACAAAAGUAAAGUUCAACAAAAAUUUGUAACUUGUUUAUGUAAUUAUGGAAGAGAACUUGAAAGCAACCAAUGUUACUCCGAAGUUUUCAAAUUCUAUGAAAGUGCGUUGAAAUGGUUUCCAGAUUGUGAAACUUUAUUCAACAAUUUGGCAUCUCAUCUUAUAAGAUUAGGCUAUAACGAAGAAGGAGAACAAUUUGUAAAAAAAGCACUAGCCAUCAACAGUCAGUAUUUACCAGCCUUAACAAAUUUGCAAAUUGUUAAGAGCAAUUACAUAGAACGUUGGCAUUACAGAAUGUUAAACGAUUCAAAACGAAAUUUAGCUUACAAGCAAGCCAUUGGUUGCAGAAUACGAGAAGGCUAUAAUCAAGUUUUGGACAUCGGUAGCGGUACUCUUAUUUUAAGUAUGUACGCAGCGGAAUACCAUCCAGAAAAAAUAUACUCUUGUGACUAUUCUCCAAUCAUGUCGAAAAUUGCUUCGGAGGUGAUGGUUUUAAACAAAAUGGAAAAUUCAAUCAAAUUGUUCAACAUAAAUUCUAAUCAAAUUUCUAUUCCAGAACACAUUGAAGAACGCGUUUCUUUGGUUAUAACUGAAACAAUGGACGCUGGCUUGUUUGGUGAACACAUUCUCAGUACUCUCCAACAUGCUUGGGAAAAUUUGUUGUUGCCUCCCAAGUCUAAAGAAAAUCCAGAGCUGCCGCACGGGUGUGUUAUUCCUCUUCGAGCUACAGUUUAUGCAGUACCCAUCGAAUGUUCUUACAUUCGCCAAAGGAAUAUUUACGAUGGAGAAAAAAAACAGUACUUUAAACAUCUUAAUUUAUGUUCAAUGCUCGAUGAACCGUACGAUUGCGAAAAAUUAAAUCAGUUACCCGGAGGUUAUGUUUUAUUAGCCGAACCUCGAGUAGUUAUGGAAGUCAACUUUAAUGAUCCUUCUGAAAUAAACUAUUUGUUAAGUACUGAAAAUCAAGAAAUGAAAACCGUUAACUAUCAGGUAUCUCGUACAGGUGUAGUGGACGCAAUUGCUUCAUGGUUUGUUGUGCAUUUAACUGAGGACAUUGUAAUCGAUACGUUGGAUACACAAAACGAAAAUUGCUGUUGGGAACAAUCGUUGUUUAUUUAUAAGAAGACCAAAAGAGUCAAACCAGGUGAAGAACUAACUGUUCAAUUCAAAUGGCAAAAUGAUCAUUUUGUUCUUAAUUUGUAUGACAAAAUCGAAGAUCCUCUGUCAAUUUCAUUAGACAGAGAAAUCAUAUCUUUUUUAAAUGACGACAGUCAAGUCAAAACUUACAUUAACACUGCAAAGCAAUGGUACUCUGAAAAUCAAUCAAAUUUUCAAAAUAUCACUAUUUUAGAUCUAUGUCCGUUUCCAAUUUUCGGUCUUGAAGUGCUGUCAUUAGAUUCUACAAAUGGUUGUGAUAAGGUACAAUUAUUUUACUCAAAUGAAAAUCUGACCGAAGCUUUGUGGAAAUGUAAUCCAAAUGUCUCAGGGAAUGCCAAAAAGAAAAUAAAUCUCUUUGACCAGAAAAAAAAUACACAAAAAUUUGACGUCAUAAUCAUGAAUUAUAUAAAUUUUUACGGAGAACUCAAUAUAAGUCUAAUAAAUGAACUAACAUACUUCAAACAAAUAUUAAGACCAAAUGGCAUAAUUUUACCAACGGAGCUAUCGAUUAAAUGUCAACUAGUUUAUUCAAAAUGGUUACCGCAAGUUAGUAGUGUAGUUGAACACGAAAUUUGUAAUGUUCAUAUUCGUAAUCUUAUGAAUACAUACAGCGUAAAUCAUCAUUUGGAUGUGUUCAAAAAUUUAGUAACUAGUAUUCGCCUUUCAAAUUGUCAACUGUGUUUAUCACUUGCGUCAGAUCAAAUGUCCAGGGAAACCUCAACUGUCGCAAGCGUUCCUAUUACCGCAGAUGGGUGUCUAAACGCUAUUGUGUAUUUCUUCGAAAUUAACAUUUACCACGAUCACAAAGUGACAACCGGCAAUGAACACUCAUACGUGAAUCAGUGUGCAUUUAUAGUGGAACGUCCGUCAAAUGUCCAUAAAGGUGAUACAGUAGCGAUAAAUGUGAUGUACGACAACGGUCAUUUGCAAUUAAAUGUUAACAGUUAGCGAAAGUACUAUUUACAUCAUUACUCAUAUUACUGAUUUUUGUAUUGCAUUAUUAUUUAUUAAUUUGUGAACUUAAAAAUUUAAGUUUUGGACUAAUAAAUUAUUAUGGACAACAUAAUAAUUGUCUUAAGUUUGCUAAUUACUAAAACAAAACUACUUUUUUUUCCCUCUUAUAUAUUAUAAUAUACGGGAAGUCGGACGGAGGUCUUGGUUUUGCCAAAUAUGUCCAUGUCUAUCUGUAUCAAUAUAAAUAUAAACAUAUCUUGUGUGCUAGACAAAGUCAAUGUAGUGCUUACGGUAAAUAAUUACAGAUAAAGAUAUUAUUUUUAAGCUAUGUUUUGGAAUCCGAUGUGUAAAGAGACAAGUUUUUAAAAUGUUUUUUAAAACAUUCUAAACAAAUAGAUAACAAAAAAAAGUAAAUUUAGAAGAAAAAAACUAAAAUCUAUGGAGAA